UGUUCAUUUCAUUCAAAUCUCUUUUCAUCAAUGUCUCUCCAGCUUGAAAACUCCUGCUCGGUUUCGUUCUUAUCUUCUUCAGAUAUGAAAUGGAACCGCCGCUUUAUGGGACCUUCACAAAUCACCGACUGAGUGGAGCCGGCGCCGUCUCGAUUCUAUUCAUUGAGAAGUGAGUCAAAGACUGCCUUAUUUGUUGAGCCAGGAAAAUCUGUUUGUUUUUCUCGAGAAUUUUGAGAUUUUCCUUGGAAACAAUCAAAAUCUGUGUUCAAACAUCAGCCUAAUUCGUCUAUAACCAAGCGGUACCUUCGCAGAAACUAGUGGUUAGCGGCUUAGCGUGCGAUGUGAGUCUUCGUUUCUUGUUAGUUUAGCUUUUAGUGGAAACCCUAAUUAUCCUCUAUUGAGCUCUGAAAGUGAAGGAAGUAGUGUUCGCAGUAACGUUUCGGAUUUGAAUAAGCUUUGACGGAAAUACGAUUAGUAGCUACAUAUGGUGGAGUCAGAAAAUCAAUCGGAGAUGACGGUUACAACAGCUUGUGAAGAAGCCACAAGCUUAUCUGGUAAUCUACUACCAGUCGAACCACCGAAGAAGAAGCGAAACCUCCCUGGAAUGCCUGAUCCAGAUGCGGAAGUGAUUGCGUUAUCGCCAAAAACUCUGAUGGCCACAAACCGAUUCGUGUGCGAGAUCUGCGGGAAGGGAUUUCAACGCGACCAGAACUUGCAGCUUCACAGGCGAGGCCACAAUCUUCCGUGGAAGCUGAAGCAGCGAACGAGCAAAGAAAUUCGUAAGCGUGUUUACGUAUGCCCGGAGUCAUCGUGCGUUCACCACAACCCGACGAGGGCACUCGGUGACUUGACUGGCAUCAAGAAGCACUUCUGCAGAAAGCACGGUGAGAAGAAGUGGAAGUGCGAGAGGUGCUCGAAGAAAUACGCUGUGCAGUCCGAUUGGAAGGCACAUAUGAAAACCUGUGGCAGCAGAGAGUAUAAAUGUGACUGCGGCACUCUAUUCUCCAGGCGCGAUAGCUUUAUAACGCACAGGGCGUUUUGCGACGCAUUAGCACAGGAAAGUGCGAGAGAACAAGCAAUUCCGGUUUCUGUUACAGAAAGAAAUGUGCGUGCCAGUGCCAAUGCCAACAGAGUGGUUACUUCGCCGCCACCGCCUCCUCUUACUCCGUCCACUACAGUAGUGUCUCCGGGUGUGUCUGUUCAAAGUUCAGAAUUGGCUGAAAACCCAAUUGGGAUCUCACCACCUACAUCUGGUGCUACUGCUACAUGCUUCCCCUCGAGUACCACUACAAGCACCAGUGUGUUCGCGAGUAUAUUUGCCGCCUCAACACCAGCAGCACCUGCAAUUUCACGAGCAUCCCAAGCAUCGUCGUCAUUCGCAGCUCGUCCUGACUACUACUCUGGAGCUAAAGCUCUGGAACCCACAUCACUCACUCUCUCCCCAUCUCUUUAUCUCUCUACCCAUACAGCUUCUCUCUUCCCAGCACAAAAUCAAGACCACAGAAACUACACUCCAAGUCCACAACCGGCCUUGUCGGCGACCGCAUUGCUUCAAAAGGCGGCUCAAAUGGGAGUUUCGUCAUCGAACCCAUCGUUUCUUCGUGGGAUCGCUUUAUCAGGUCCUCCUUCAGACGGCAUUGUGAAACAAGAGAGGGAUUUGGUGGCAGCUGGGCUUGGGCUGGCUUUGCCCUCUGGUGAUGUUAUGGUGGGCCCAUCGUCUCUGUUUGGAAACAAGCCCACCACGCUUGAUCUUUUUGGGCUGGGCGUGGAUGCUGGUGCUUCUUCAAGAGGGUUCUCUGCUCUGUACAAUUCCUUUGGAGGCGACUUCACUGUUAGUGGUCCAACGGCGUCGUAUGGUGGAAGAGGAGGGAGUUCCCCUGGAGGAGACACAUGGGAAGGUCCAUCAGAGAGAGAGACAAAUGGUUUAUGAGGAGGGUAAAAAUGUCAAUCUUUCAUAGAGUUUCAGACACAUUUGCAUUUACAAAUUUGUCUUAGAAAUCUUCCUUAGACAUUAGAUAUAUGUACAUCUUCUUGAAAUUUGGUUUUACCUUUUAUUGGUGCAAUCCUCAAUUUUAGUUGUGUUA